UUCCAAAAUUUUGCGAAUAAAACACGCAAAUAUUUGCCAGUUUUUCAAUUUAGUUAGUUUGUCGUGUGAAAUAACCACAGAGAGGUUGAUUGUUAGCAAAACUCCAAGUGAGAUAAAUGGAGUCCAGUGAUUUAAUUAAUUGUGCUGUCAGAGUGAAAGAGGAGCCUAGUGAUGUGCCGAUUAGUGAAAAUGAUAGUGAAAUGAUUGACGAGAAACCCGAUCUUAAGAACAUCCAACUCUUACCACAUCCGCCAGAAAAUUCAAUCCCUACCGUUCGGAAAUGUGAAGGAAAUCAUGAUAUUGUAUGUGAUGAUAAAUUGAAAAUAGUUUUUGAAUGCCAAGACGUCAAGCCCAACAUUAAUUUAUCAGCAGAUCAGAAAAUUGAAGAUGAUUCGCGAGAUAUCGAAUAUAGUGAUGGUUGUAAAACUCAAAACAAAAUUAAUAUAGAUCCUGCAGUAGUAGUAAAACAAGAAAUUGUGGGUGAUGCUGCAGAAGGAUCGAAUUUGAAUUUCAACCCUAUAAUUGUCGAACAAAAUGAAAAAAGAAGAAUUACAAAAAAACUUAACGAAGAACAUGAUCUCAAAAAAUACAUGGUAUAA